AUGCCAAGAUCUAAGCCCAAGCUGACCCUGAAUUCCUCAGUUUCCUACGACCGGAGGCGUCUAAAAUCAGAGACAAAAGUUUUCCUGUACAACACAAUGGAAGGUCCUUUCGAGAAGCUGCCAAAAGGUGUUGCAAAGGGCUUGUGCAGUUCAAGCACUCUUGGACAUUCGAUUGCGAACCGAAGCCGUCAUGGGUGCAUCAUUGCGUUUGGGACUGCAGCAUUUACUUACAGUAGCCCCCAGCCUUCGAACUGGGCGGAGCAUGGCACAGGAAUGGAGCGAGUGCGCACCCUCGCCGAGGAUUUGCGUGAGGUCAACGAGCAUCGCAAGGGCCGGUCGGAUGGCGGCCGCGCGCGCAUCUUCCGAACUCAUUGCCUCUCCCGGCUUCGGGAGACGGCAGAAAGCUCUGUCGAUGAUUGCCGCGACUUCACUGUGGCGCUCCACCGAGCCGAACGCGGUUUGAUUGCCAUGGACAUCUCUGCAUGCGGGCUGACCCUGACACAGCAGAUAGAUCAGGCCCUGGAGCAAUUCUGCACUGACCUUCGCCGACUUGAGGCAGAGGUCCUCGAUCUGGACCGCCGUCGGAUGGAGCAGCUGCCUUUCCAGCGGAUCAUUGGGGCCAGAGUGUCUCCUCACAGAAAGCUGGUCACUGUACACAUCCAGACCUUUAGUGGGGCAGAGUUCCAGGUCAGCUGUGGCCUGGACGAAAACCUAGUUUGCUUGAAGGAACACAUCCAUGCAAGUGGUGGUCCGCGUGCGAGAGACCAGCAACUGGUGUGGUCGCGUGGUGAGCUUGCGUGGAUUCAGGACUUGGAAACGCGAAUGAGCGACUCAUUCUCCCUGUUCUACCUCGGUAUAACAGAUGGAGAUUCUGCGAUCUUGUAUUACGUGCGUUUCUGUCAUCAGUGCCGAGGUGCCUGCCGAUGUGUGGAAUGUCAUGGGCGUGGGGUCCGGUUUGGCUGCAGCGCAUGUGGCCAAGAACGCCCAGACUGCCUGCAGUGUGCAGGGCCGUGUCGUUGUCCCCACUGUCACGGGCGAGCAAGCCUGUGCAAUGGGAUAUGCAAGGUGUGCGGAGAAGGAGAAUGA